AUGAAUCCUCACAUAUCGGUUCCGCGCCAACAUGCCAGUCCGUCUAAUUUUGGCGGCACGACACCAGCAAGCCGUGGAUCUAGCAUCCGGAUGCCGCGUUUCUUCAAAAGGAUGUUCAAGUUUCCACAGAUGGACUUUGAAAUGGCUAUAUGGGAGAUGACAUCACUGCUGAUCGCUCCCAAGAAAGUUUUCAAAUCUAUCUACUACCAUGUGAGCAUAGCCUUCAAUCGCUGGUCUUGCUAUCUUGCAGAAACUAAGAAUACCUGGCAUCGGCCUGACCCCUCUUUCACGUAUCUACUUUGCUUCUUCUUGCUCCUCACAGCUCUUGCGUGGGGUCUAGCAUAUGCGCCUUCUUUCGGAGCUAUUGUCCGCUUGUCUCUACUUUUCAUCUUUGUCCAUUUCAUCGGAUCAUCAUUGCUGGUGUCGACAAUAGGGUACUUUGUCAUCGGCCGACUUUUCGGUCCAGAUGGAGCGGCAGCCUCCCUCUCUGGGUUGCGAGGCGGACGUGGACGGAGACGUGGUGCAGCACAGGGCUUGUUCGUGCAACCAGGCGAAAAGGAUCAAUUAGAAUUUGGAUAUUGCUUUGAUGUCUCUAACCGGGCAUUCUUUCCUCUCUACCUUCACCUGUAUGUUGCUCAGUUCCUUCUCCUGCCGCUUCUUACGCGCAGUCCGAGCAAUCUCCUCUCUACGUUCCUUGGGAACACGCUCUACCUUUCUGCCUUGGCCUACUACACAUACAUUACCUUCUUGGGGUACAACGCCCUUCCGUUCUUGCAUAAUACUGAGUUACUUUUGCUCCCCAUCCUCGCUUUCGCGGUUUUGUGGCUUGUGAGUUUGAUUUUGGGAUGGGGUAUUGUAGCGCAAGGAGGCAGCGUGGAAGGUCUCUUCUGGGGUGCCUAA